AAUCUGAAACAGAAGCGUGACAACGUCCACUCAAUUUCCGCUCUUUUCUCACAGCGGCCAUCUUACUUCAAGCCUUGCUAAGACUUGUCGUUUCUCUACGUCUGCAGCGUGUCCCGUCAAAAUGCAGAUCUUCGUCAAGACCCUGACGGGUAAGACCAUCACCCUUGAGGUCGAGCCUUCAGACACCAUCGAAAAUGUCAAGGCAAAAAUCCAAGACAAGGAAGGUAUCCCUCCUGACCAGCAGCGAUUGAUCUUUGCUGGCAAACAACUUGAAGAUGGACGUACUCUAUCUGACUACAACAUUCAGAAAGAAUCUACUCUUCACUUGGUGUUGCGUCUCCGUGGUGGUGUUAUUGAGCCUUCUCUUCGCAUCUUGGCACAGAAGUACAACUGUGACAAAAUGAUCUGUCGCAAGUGUUAUGCUCGCCUUCAUCCUAGGGCAACCAACUGUCGCAAGUCAAAGUGUGGUCACACCAACAACUUGCGCCCCAAGAAGAAGCUGAAAUAAGUGUAUUGCCAGGCAGUUGUGCUUGAUCAUGGAAAUACAAAGUUUCAAUGGCAAA